GGAGCCGAUUCGCAUUUCGCACACCAUAAUUUCAAAGCAUCCAAACUGAGAGGUACACUGUGAGCUUUUGUGCGCUGCCAGAUACUAAUUAUCAAGUUUGUUUUUAUUAUCGUCAAGGCAAUUCCGUUUCGAAGUUCCAUUUUGUAAGGGGUCACUGAGAAAUGCACAAGAGAUGGGUCAUAUCAACUGGUAGUUUUGGGUAAAAAUCAUUUUGUGUUGCUAACUUUGUACUGACUAAAAAUGGGCACUGCCAUAGCCGAACACACAUCAGAUCAGCAGCGCAAGUAGUUGUGAAAGGAAACUCCAAUGGAAGAAACACGAGGCCGGGCUUAUCCAUCCCGUCAAUCUGAAUCUACCUCAUCUCAUGAUGGUGGUGCAAGAUCUGACGUCAUUGGGCAUGUGAAUCAUGGGUCUAAUGUAAGAGGACUGAAGAAAAGAGGUCAUGGAAGUCGUUCUUGGAUAAAAAUUUAUCAGGAUGGAAAUUCGAAGACUGUGACACUUGACAAAGCUACUAUUAUGAGAUGUUGCUCAUUGCCUUCCAGAGAUCUCCGACUAUUGGAUCCUAUGUUCAUUUAUCCAUCUACCAUAUUAGGACGGGAGAAGGCUAUUGUAGUCAGCCUUGAACAAAUCCGAUGUAUUAUAACUGCUGAUGAGGUUUUUCUAAUGAAUUCCUUGGAUGGAAGUGUUGGCCAGUACAAGUCAGAAUUAUGCAAUCGGCUUCAAAAAGAAAAAUCUGAUGAUCUGCCAUUUGAACUCAGGGCACUGGAGCUGGCUCUGGAGUUGACAUGCUCAUCUUUGGAUGCCCAGGUGAAGGAACUAGAAAUGGAAAUGUAUCCUGUACUAGAUGAGCUAACCUCAUCCGUCAGUACUCUUAAUCUAGAACGUGUUCGGAGAUUUAAAGGCCACCUCCUUGCAUUGACUCAACGAGUCCAAAAGGUUCGUGAUGAAAUAGAGCAUCUAAUGGAUGAUGAUGGGGACAUGGCUGAGAUGUGCCUGACUGAGAAGAAGAGACGAUUGGAUACAUACCCUUUAAGUGAUCUUUUCCUUCAGACGCAUUUAUCAGGAUCUGGAACAGUGAUUUCAAAAUCAGCUCCUGCUUCACCAGAGCGGACCUUGAGUGGCGCUGAGGUGUUGCAAAGGGCUUUCAGCAACAUUGGAAAUUCAAGUAAAUAUGGCAGCUUAGCUGGUUCAUCUGAUAAUGAGGAAAAGAUUGGACCACUUGAAAUGCUGCUUGAAGCGUACUUUAUUGUCAUUGAUAACACUCUUAAUAAUUUAUUUUCGCUGUUGGGUAAGAAAGUUGCUUGUGUGACUAUCUUUGCUCUUGUGGCCUCUGAAUUUUGCUACUGA